UCUUCUAACGGUUUAAGCUAAAACCCUUGUCAGACAACAAUGCUCAUUCCUUUACUAAAAUGGCGGUCUCUGCUAAAACCCCAGCAAACCCUCUUCCAACAGACCUUAUCCAUUCUCACAAACCCAAAACCCACUUACCAAAAUCACUAAAAUUCGCUCCAAACACAACACAUUUCCAAAUUUCCUUCAAAAGAACCCAAGAAAUCUCUGCUUUUCAAUCAAACUCCAUUGAAGAUAACACAAACUUAAACUCUGAAAUUUCUCAACUAUGUCUCCAGGGAAACUUAGACCAAGCUCUACAAUGCUUGAAUAUCAUGGAAGAAAUCCGGGUUUCUGUAGACGAAGAAACUUACGUUUCAGUGUUAAGACUCUGCGAAUGGAAACGAGGUGUGGAAGAAGGAAACCGGGUUUACUCAAGAAUUGCAAAAUCAAUCACCCAUCUGAGUAUUCGAUUGGGUAAUGCUCUGUUAAGUAUGUUUGUAAGGUUUGAUAAUUUAAUUGAUGCAUGGUUUGUGUUUGGUAAAAUGAGUGAAAGAGAUAUUUUUUCAUGGAAUGUUAUAUUGGGUGGAUAUGCCAAGUCUGGGUUUUUUGAUGAAGCAUUGAAUUUGUAUCAUAGGAUGUUAUGGGUAGGGAUUAAACCAGAUGUUUAUACUUUUCCUUGUGUUUUGAGGACUUGUGGUGGUAUUCAAGAUUUGAGUCGAGGAAAGGAAAUUCAUGUUCAUGUUAUUAGGUUCGGGUUUGAGUCUCAUGUAGAUGUUAUUAAUGCUUUGAUUACUAUGUAUGUGAAAUGUGGAGAUGUGUACAGUGCGAGGUUGUUGUUCGAUAAGAUGCGUAAAAAGGAUAGGAUUUCUUGGAAUGCAAUGAUUUCAGGGUAUUUUGAGAAUGAAGAGUUUUUAGAGGGACUGAAUUUGUUUUUACUGAUGCAAAGUCUUGAAGUUCAGCCAGAUUUGAUGACUAUGACUAGUGUGAUAUCUGCUUCUGAACUUCUCGGUGAUGAGAAAUUAGGGAGUGCAAUUCAUGGGUAUGUGAUCAAAACGGGGUUCUGUGCUGAUGUUUCGGUGAAUAAUUCGUUAAUUCAAAUGCAUUGUAGUGUUGGAAAUUUGGUGGCAGCUGAGAAUUUGUUUUGUAGAAUGAAAGUAAGAGAUGUUGUGUCAUGGACAGCGAUGAUAUGUGGGUACGAGAAGAAUGAAUUUCCGAACAAAGCUGUAGAAAGUUACAAACAAAUGGUGGUCGAGGGUGUGAAUCCUGAUGAGAUCACGAUUGCCAGUGUUCUAUCUGCAUGUUCCUCUUUAGGACUUCUUGAUACAGGUAUUAAGCUCCACAAACUUGCUAACAGAGCAAGGCUUAUUCAGUAUACCAUAGUGAGAAACACCCUUAUUGAAAUGUAUUCAAAAUGUAGGUUAGUUGAUAAGGCAUUGGAAGUCUUCAAACAAAUACCAGAAAAGAAUGUUAUAUCUUGGACUAAUAUGAUUUUUGGGUUAAGAUUUAAUAACCGCAGUCUAGAAGCUUUAAAAUUAUUUCGCCAGAUGAAGUCAAGUUUAAAACCCAAUUUAGUCACACUAGUUGCUGUUCUUUCUACCUGUGCUAGCCUAGGAGCUUUGAUGUGUGGAAAAGAAAUUCAUGCCCAUGUUUUAAGAAGUGGUUUGGAUCUCGACAAAUUCUUGCCAAACUCACUUAUAGAUAUGUAUGUAAGAUGUGGAAAGAUGGGUUAUGCUUGGGUUCAGUUUGAAAUGUAUGAAAAAAAGGAUGUUUCUUCUUGGAAUAUCAUGUUAACAGGAUUUGCUGAACGAGGACAGGUAAAACAGGCAUCUGAUCUUUUCCGUAGAAUGACAGUUGAAGGGGUUACUCCUGAUGAAGUUACUUUCAUUGCUCUGUUAUGUGCAUGCAGUAAAUCGGGGAUGGUAAAUGAAGGUCGGGAGUAUUUUAACAUCAUGAAAAACCUGUAUGCCAUUACCCCAAAUCUAAAGCACUAUGCAUGUAUGGUAGAUCUACUUGGUCGUGCAGGUUUUCUACAGGAGGCUCUUGAGUUUAUAGAAGAUAUGCCUCUGAAGCCUGAUCCUGCUGUAUGGGGAGCACUGUUAAAUGCUUGCAAGAUCCACAAGAACAUCGAACUUGGAGAACUUGCAGCAAAAUACAUCUUUGAAAUGGACUCAGAAAGUGUUGGGUACUAUUUACUUUUGUGUAAUCUUUAUUCUGCUGUUGGGAGGUGGUGUGGAGUUGCUAGUGUGAGAAAGAUAAUGAGCGAGAAUGGGUUAACUGUUGAUCCUGGUUGCAGUUGGGUGGAGGUUAAAGGAAGUGUCCACGCUUUUCUAAGCGGGGACGAAUCUCAUCCCCAGAUCAAGGAGAUAAAGGGAGUUUUAGAAGGUUUGGAUGAAAGAAUGAACAAAGCAAGUUCUGAAAUUCUUGGUAGUGCUAGUUUAAUAGAUAAAGCUGAGACUUCAAGAGCAGAUAUCUUUUGUGGGCACAGCGAGAGACUGGCUGUUGGGUUUGCACUGAUUAACACUGUUCCAGGUAUGCCCAUUCGUGUGACAAAGAACCUAUAUAUGUGUGGUAGCUGUCAUAAUACAAUGAAGUUCAUAUCUAAGAUUGUUCGCCGAGAAAUAACAGUCCGAGAUACUGAGCAAUUUCACAAUUUCAAAGAUGGAAUCUGCUCGUGUGGAGAUGAAGGGUACUGGAGAAAACUGAGCGAGUAAGAAAGACAGUAAGUCUCAUUUUUCACUUGCAGUUAAGUAUGUACAAGCACUUGCUGGAAGAAAAACAUUGCUCUUAUACUGGUAAGACAUUUAAAGAAGCUAUAAAUUUACGACUUUUGAUGCAAACAAAGAUAGUUACAGUGGCUAUGGUUUGGAUCUCAAACAGAAGUUGUUCAAGUAGGAAGAAAGAAAGUUAUAGCGAAAUCAGUGUUUCUCCUGUAGUCUAGUAUAAUGCACACGCUGUAGAAUUGUACUUCAAUAACUAAAAUGUCCAAUAGUUUGUACUUUUGUAUAAAUUUCUGCAGGGAUUCAUCCCUAAUUUGUAGAUCACUAGGGACAUUUUUUACCAAUAAAAGGUGUACUGGUGAUUGAAA